GUCCGUCCCUGCUGAAAGAAAAAAAAAACAAUAAAUUUUCCUGCUGAAGGUGAAUUAUUUAGGUUUCUGUAAAGGAGACUUUGAAUUUCUCGAAUUAUCCCUCAAAUCCUAAGAAUGAGUGGUGCUUUGAGAAGAUUAGCUCUAAACAACUUGGGCCGCAAUGCCCGGAAGAGCUCAGACUAUGCUAUUGCCAACUUCAAGAAACCUACAAUGGAUGAUCUGCCGGUGCCGAGUGGUUCAUGGCAGGAGCACCACAGCCAGAUGCAGGCCAAAUACAACAGGCAUCUGAUCCUGGGCGUUGGCUUCUUCGCUGUCUCCUUGGUAGUGGCCAAAUCCUCUGGGUUGAUCAACAUGAACUGGAAUCCACCCCCGUUCCCUGUCAAGGAAUAAAUCAAACAAAACAUUAAGUGCUAGUGAUUCAUUAAAUUACAUGUUAUUAUUGUAAAAUAAAAGUAAGACAAGUUA